UAUAAAAGAGUGUGGAAGCAUGCCAGAGCACCAGGACACCCCUCUGGAGGUGGUAAAGCAGCGCAGGCGAUGCCCACAGUGUGGAGAGCAGGUGGAUGGGACACAAGAACAUAGUACACUGCUGGGAUGUAGGUGUUACUCCAAAAUGGAUGCGUCAGGUAGGAGAGGAGUUUCAGGGAUGACUGCAGCUGAGGGGCAGGAUAAACCUCAUUGGACAGUUGGCCGUGUGGGAGACAUUGACUUCAUAGGCGCUGGCAGGACCAGGGGCAAGUUUGCCAGAGUACAAAGCUCCACAGACCCAGUCCAGAUCUACAAGCUUUUGACUGAACAAUGGGGCCUUGCACCUCCUCACCUGGUGGUGGCACUAGCUGGGGGAGAUGAGUUGGCUCAGAUGAAGCCCUGGCUCCGAGACACAGUGAGAAAAGGCCUGGUGAAAGCUGCUCAAAGUACAGGUGCAUGGAUCCUGACCAGUGGGCUUCGUUUUGGCAUUGUGAAGCACCUAGGCCAGGCUGUACAAGACCAUUCCCUGGCCAGCACCUCAUCAAAGGUGCGAGUGGUGGCUAUUGGCAUCGCUCCUUGGAACAUGAUCCACAAUAGAGAUCUGCUGCUCACUGCAAAGCCGGACCAGCCAGCAACGUAUCCCACAGAGGACCUUCCCCAUGGGACGGUCUAUUCCCUGGACUGUAACCAUUCUCAUUUCAUCCUGGUGGAGGAAGACCCUCAUAGGCCUGGUGCCACUGGUGAAAUGAGGGUCAAACUGCUCAAACACAUCUCCCUACAGCGCACAGGAUAUGGGGGUCCCGGCAGCUUUGAAAUCCCAGUCCUGUGUUUGCUUGUUCAUGGAGAACCCAGGAUCCUGCAGAGAAUGUUCAAGAACAUCCAGAACUCCACUCCCUGGCUCAUCCUGGCUGGGUCAGGAGGUGUGGCAGACAUUUUAGUGACGCUGAUUAACAGAGGAUGCUGGAGUGCUGAAAUGGUCCAAGAGUUACUACUGGACACAUUUCCUAGCGGUCUCCACAGCACUGACAUCACGACCUGGGUCAAACUGAUUCAGAAGAUUUUGGAUCAUGGACACCUGUUAACUGUCCAUGAUCCAGAGCAGGAAACAUCUGAACUGGAUACAGUCAUUCUCAAAGCCUUGGUCAAGGCCUGUAAAAGUCAGAGUCAGGAGGCUCAGGACUUUCUGGAUGAGCUGAAGCUGGCUGUGGCAUGGAACAGGGUGGACAUUGCUAAGAGUGAGAUCUUCAACGGAGAUGUGGAAUGGAGUGCACAAGACCUAGAGGAGGUCAUGAUGGAUGCGUUGGUGAAUGAUAAGCCUGACUUCGUCCGUCUGUUUGUUGAUAAUGGGGUAAAUCUGGAUGAAUUCUUGACUUACGGUCGUCUUCAGGAACUUUACAGCUCCGUAUCUGAGAAGAGCCUGCUUCACGACUUGCUUCUGAAGAAACACCAGGAGAAACAGAUCCUGUUGGCUUCUGCUCGGACCCCCGGGCCUCCACACACUGAAACUGGGGAUCGACGACCUCGCUUCACCCUACAUGAGGUCUCCAAAGUCCUCAAAGAUUUUCUGCAUGACUCCUGCAAAGGGUUUUACCAGAGGCUUCCAGAGAAAGGGUGUAAGGGUCGUCUCUUUCAAAACAGCAAGAACCUGCCAGAUCUGGAAGAGCGUUGUGAGAACCCAUGGAGGGAUUUGUUUCUCUGGGCCGUUCUGCAGAACCGACAGCAGAUGGCUAAUUACUUCUGGGCCAUGGGUCCUGAGGCAGUCGCAGCAGCACUGGCUGGUUGCAAAAUCCUGAAGGAAAUGGCUCGUCUGGAGUCAGAGGCAGAGUCUGCUCGCAGCAUGAAGGAAAACAAAUAUGAACAGUUUGCUCUGGAUCUGUUUAGUGAAUGUUAUUCGAACAGUGAAGAUCGAGCCUAUGCCUUGCUGGUGAGGAAGACUCACUGUUGGAGUAAAUCAACAGUCCUGAACCUGGCCACAGAGGCGGAUGCCAAGUCUUUUUUUGCUCAUGAUGGUGUGCAGGCUCUGCUCACUAAGAUCUGGUGGGGAGCCAUGACCACGGAUACAGCCAUCUCUAAACUGGUCCUUUCCUUCUUCUGCCCCCCACUCAUUUGGACCAAUCUUAUCAAGUUCAGUGAUGAAGCACUGGAAAGCAGAGGAAGUGGUGAGCAGUUUGUAGAGUUGGAUAGUUUGGACACAGAAAAAGCAUUGCUCCUUACAGAAGAAGACCCAGCGGGGGCGGACGCUGAUGUCAACCCGGCGUCUCAGAGCAACUCGGCAGGUUGGAGCCAUUUUCUUCUCCGUCGAUGGCGUCGGUUCUGGAGUGCUCCUGUCACGGUUUUCCUGGGAAAUGUCGUCAUGUACUUUGCAUUUCUGAUUCUCUUCUCUUAUGUUCUACUGCUUGACUUCCGCCCACCACCCCCAAAAGGCCCAUCUAUAGCUGAAAUUGCCCUCUACUUCUGGGUCUUCACUCUGGUACUGGAGGAAAUCAGACAGAGUUUCUUCACAGAUGAGGAUAUGAGUAUAUUGAAGAAGUUUAAGUUAUAUCUAGAGGACAAUUGGAACAAGUGUGACAUUGUGGCAAUUUCACUCUUCUUGAUCGGUGUGUCAUGCAGAAUGGUGAAAAGCACCUAUGAGGCUGGCCGUACAGUCCUGGCGUUGGACUUCAUGGUGUUCACCUUGAGACUCAUCCAUAUCUUUGCCAUUCACAAACAACUUGGACCAAAGAUCAUCAUCGUGGAGAGAAUGAUGAAGGAUGUGUUCUUUUUCCUGUUCUUCCUGAGUGUGUGGCUAAUUGCUUAUGGAGUGACCACUCAGGCUCUACUGCACCCUAAUGACCCACGCCUGGACUGGGUUUUCCGCCGCGCUCUCUAUCGCCCAUACCUGCACAUAUUUGGACAAAUCCCCUUAGAGGAGAUAGAUGCUGCAAAGAUGUUAUCUCAAAACUGCACCAAAGACCCAGAUGAGAUUGUCGUAGGUGUUCGGCCACCCUGUCCCAGUAUAUACGCCAACUGGCUGGUCAUUGUCUUACUGGUCAUCUACCUACUGGUCACCAACGUACUCCUACUCAACCUGCUUAUUGCCAUGUUUAGCUACACUUUCCAGGUGGUGCAGGGGAACACAGAUAUCUUCUGGAAGUUUCAGAGGUACAACCUGAUAGUGGAGUACCACAGCCGGCCAGCCCUGGCCCCGCCCUUCAUCAUUAUCAGUCACUGCUCACAAAUCUGCCUCAGCGUCUUCAAGAAGACAGAGUCCAAACUAGAGCACCUUGAGCGGGAGCUUCCUCCUGGACUGGAUCAAAAGCUAAUGACGUGGGAGACAGUCCAAAAGGAGAAUUAUCUGGCCAAACUGGAGCGUCAGCACUGGGAGAGCAGUGAGGAGAGACUGAGGAACACCUCCUCCAAAGUGCAGAGCUUACUGAAGAUUGCCGGCGGCUUUAGGGUGCAAGAAAAACGUCUGUCAUCUAUGGAAACUGAGGUGAAGUACUGCAGUGAGGUGUUGUCCUGGAUUGCCGAAUGUUUCGACAAGAGCACACUGAAAUGUGACAGAAGUGCACCUCAAGCUCCACAUUCUAAGGCCAGCAGUAGCAGUUCUGGAGACCCAAAGCAGAGUGGAACAAGAGUGGAGGAGAAGGCGGAGCACCCAGGAUACGGAGCUAACAAAAAAUUCCCAUACAUUGAUGAGUAA